GCAGGCCGACCGCCGAGGCCGCUGAGGAUAGGCCGCUGAGGAUAGACCGCUGAGGAGAGGCCGGCGGAGGCCCCGAUUCCUGUCUGACUCAGGCUCUCUGGGGCUCCUGGCCGAUCCUGGCCCAGCCCGUCUCUACCAGAGUCACCAACCCAGCUGCCGCCAUGCUCCCGGCUCAGGGAGCUGGGGCUGGAGAUCCCCUGCUGCGCAGGAAAGAGCAAAAAGAUGAGGAGUUGGACCGGAGGAUCCUGGCCCUUCGCAGAAAGAACCAGGCCCUGCUGCGCAGGUACCAGGAGAUCGAAGAUGACCGGCAGCGGGCGGAGCAGGGAGGCAUGGCUGUGACGGCCCCUCGGUCAUCCCGGAUGGAUGGUCUCACCAUCACCAUCACCAAAGGGCCCUGCGAGAAGCGAGUGGUGAGUGAAAAAUGGGUGAGCAGCUGCCCCAGCAGCCCGGGCCCAGAAGUGGACAGUGAAGAGGAGGAUGAGGAGGAAGAGGAGGACGAGGAGGAGGAGGAUGGAGAGGAGGAAGAUCACACCUUCACCCUCCAGCUGGGGAGGCGGGUCCAGUUAGCAGUCACAAUGGAUAACAAGGCCACGGGCAAGAGGAUAGUGAGUGAGAAGCCUCGGAAGGCCAGAAGCUGCAGCCAGGGUCACCCCCUGCAGCUCGCCAUCACCAUGGAGCCUGGGCAGAAGGCGAUGGGGCCGGGGCCCCGGGAAGAGGGGCAGGAGUAUGCCCUCUGGAAGCAAGAACGGGAGCAGAUCGACUUGGCCCGCGUGGCUCGGCACCGCAACGCCCAGGGGGAGUGGCGCCGACCUUGGGAUCUGGACAAGUCUGAGGAGAUGUUCCAGGGAUCCAACAAGACCAGGGAAGCAGGCCCGCGGAAGGGUGGCAGCAGGAGGGGACCCCGGAGCUGCCGCCCGUUCCGGCCCCAGCCGGAGGCUUCUGAUGGGAGAGGUGGCAGCACCCAAAGCGGUUGCCCAGGACCAUCCAAAGUGAUGCCACCCACCAGGAGGAGCAAAGCCCGAGGAAAGGACAGGCUGACGGGCCGGGCCCGCAGGUGGGAUGUGAAAGAGGGAGAUGGUGAUCAGACCCGCCCCAAGGAGGAGCUGGAGUGCCAGGGACCUCCAAGUGGCAGGAAACCCCCGAGCCAGGAGGAGGAGGAAGAGGAGGUGUGGAGGCAGGGCCAGGCAGAGCAUGGCGAGCUGCAGGGAGCCCAUAAGGGGCAUCGCUGGGAAGCGGGGGGCAUCCUCCGCUCCGGUGCCCAACUGCCUGGCUCCCCCCAAAAGAAGGCUGAACCCCCCGUGAGGGACCCCUCCUCUUCACAAGGGACUAGUAGCCCCUUAAGUAGGAGCAGCGGGCCCACCUCACGGCCUGGCACCGAGGAGAUGGCUCCCUCCCCUUAUCCCAGUGACCCAGAGCGGGGCAGAAAGCUCAAUAGCAAGGUGACUGAGCGGUACCCCUGUGCUAGCCCGGAGCAGUCCCAGAAGGUGGCAGGAUGCAGGGAUCCAAGGGAGGAUGGCGUGGCCCAGGCCGGUGCCAGGGGGCAGUCUGGCACAGAUGAGCGGCUUGGGCAGAACUGGCCAGAGGGAAGAAGUGGGGUGCGGGACUGAGGGCUCCAGAAAGAGGAAGGUGAGUAGGGUUGGUGCUGGACUCAGAGGCCAGGGAAGGGAGGAGUGGAGUGCCAACUGCCUGACUGUGGUCUCGGUGCCAGGCUGGCAAGUGGUUGAGGAACUUCCUUGGCAACAAAUCAUUCAUUCUCUGGGGAUGUGGGGGCCCGCUCUCCUGGGAACUUGUACGCGUAGGCCUUUCGGCUGCUGCCCUCCCUUGCUAGCCUCAGGGCAUCCCCGGCCUGGCCUUGCCAAGGCUGUGAACCUUUCUCUUGGGGGCAGAAAGUAGGAGAUGCCCUAUUUGUCUAAGGCCAAAUAUGCCAGUUGGGCCCACUUGUCCAUUCUCCUGUAGGGUCCCAGAGCAUUUUUUCAAUCCCUUUGCCAAUGUGCAGUAGGCAUAUAUCUAAAUGCCACCUCCCCUCUCCCUGCUUCUACCGGGGGUUGUUCAGACUACAACCCCCUCUUAGUGCUCCAUUGACAGGGAGGUGAGGCCUUGUAACCCCAGGGAGAGUUAACUAACAGGGAGAGGUGCCCAGGGAGAGGGGCAGGAGUUCAGAAGAUUGGCAGGACAAUGGAUUUGAAUGGGCAUCUCAGCUGCAGGCUUGAGUUGACCAGGUCAUUUCUGUUUCUGCCUUUCAGAGAGAAGAGGGCAAAGGACGUAGGCAUUUCUCUAGGCACCCCCCUGGUGAGGGUAUUUCCUUUCAGUAUUUGGUUCCAUCCUUCACACCCUCAAGUCCUCUUACCCCAAUUUGCUACCCAUUCCUUCACACCCCUUUCCCCUCCUGGGCUCUGCCCUCAGUCUCUGCCUCUGCCAUAGGGUUCCAGCCCUUUAAGGGUCCACCCCAGGGCAGACUCUCCUCCUCCUCUCAGAUGUUACUGCCAAGGGGACUUGGACCCCCAGGGGGAACUUGUCUCUCUGCUUCCCUGCUUCCUCUGGUCCAGCUGUCAGUCUGUCGGUCAGCUGGCCCCAACUUCUGAACUUCUGCCUGGUGGGCAGGGUGGGAAUAGUCUGGGUUGGGUGGGAUGAGGAGGGGAAGAAAGUUUCAAGUCACAGAGUCAUGUGGGGUUUGAGGGGAGAGGAAGAAAGUAGGGGAGGAGGAAGAGAAGGAGGAGGAGAAGGGUUACCCUUUCCCAUGUGGUGGGUGGGGGCAGAGGCUGCCUGGCAAAAGGGGGAUAGGAGGACCAUGGUGGGUUUCUGCAAUGGGAGGGGGAAAUUCAAAGGGAAACUCCCAGGGAAAGAUUCAUCCUGGGACAGGGGUGCUGGAACCCCAGAUUCCCAUAAGGCAGUACUUGUCAGGGGAGGGGGUCUGAGGGUGACGGGCCCAGAAGUUACCCAUCGCUGAGAGGAGAGUUGGGGGAGAAUCCUGAAGGGGACCAAGUGGAGCUAUGGGCUGGACCCCACUCCCACCCCCUGCCGCACCAAGCUGGGGAGGGCUCUGUGCGGGCAGAGACGGCUGUGGGGAGACAGCUGCUCUCUCCCUGCGGGCAGCGAGCCGUGGGGCCUGCUUGUCCUGGGGAAUGGCAGGAUUGGCAUUGUUCUCCAGAAGGGGUCUGAAGAGGAUUUGGUCAGGGGAGGAGCAGAAGGCAUCUUGGUUGGAGAUAUACCGUGAAACCAAAAUAAACUUACUGUGGUUUGCUGACCCUGGGUGAACUCUUUUGGGUCGGGGAAAGGAACCUCGAUGCUCAGCCCUCCUCUCCGCUCCAGCUUCCCCUCUGGCCAUUAGCCAAGGGGUUGGGCAGCGGGUGUCCACUCAUACCCUGGUGACCCCCAACUCUGGCCCCCAUUUCCUGCCCCAAGAUGGCUCUCUCUCCACUGUGCCACAUGCUGUCCACUCUUGAGCCCGAGGGACAGAGGGGGUUCGAGUCUGAAGUUGUCAGGGAGCCGGGCUCCGCCUCCCCUGAGCCGGCCAGGCAGUUGAGGUGGGUGGGGGGGGGACACAGCUAGCGUUGUGAGGGCCCCUGAGAGGAGAGAACAGUGUGUUCUGAGCAGGGACUGAGAGCUGCCCUCAGGGGCCAGGAGCUGGCUCUGCCCUGACUGUGCGGGGAGGAGGGGCGGGAGAGUCACGGAUGUGUCAGCUGAGGCUGUGCCAGGAUCAGGAGAGUCAAAAGCAAA